CCGAAACACCCUGUACAUGCUCGCGACAUCGCGCGCGAUACGAUAAAGGAGCGUAAAAAAGAUCUAUAUAGAAGAUAAUAACCAAUAAUAAACGCGAAGGAGGACGGCAUGCUGACGUGAGAGAGCGUGGACGCGAAAAAGGUGAGGGGGAGACUUACCUAGGCGAAAAAGGAGAGAGAGAGGGAGAGAGAAAGAGAGACACAUUCAAACACGCGCGCGCACACACACGCACUGGGAGAAAUGUCAUCGAUCGCCGCGCCCUGCGCGCUAUCUACCGUCGAUUUCGCGCACACUCGAUUCAUGUGCGGUGCGAAAUCGAAAAAUGGCCGUCCCACUGGCAUUUGACGAGAACUUUUGCGGCGGCCGUGAAUAUCCGGCCCGAGCCGUGACGAACGAGUGAUCAGCUGCGUGAACAAGCUCUGAGAUCUUCUGUCACGCGAACGGAAAGACGAGAAACGGAAGGUGGGAGGAUGACGGCGACAGAAUUGUGAAGGGAAAUUGUGCGCGAAAGCAGUCCUGGCGAGAAUACGUCGGUGUAACAUCGCGCUGUAAGCGGUGUCUCUAGCAGACGACAUUGUUAGUAAAAAGAAAAUAAAAAAAAUAAAAAAAAUAAGAUACUCUUAUUAUAUCUUUGGAUCGGUCAGUCGGUCGGUCGGUCGGUUAAAGGAGAGAGAGAGAGAGAGAAAGAAAGAGUGGUUAUAUGCGCGGGCGGACAAAAUGCGCAUUAUUGUAUAAUAAUUUGCAAAAGUGCGGAGAUUAAUCUUGUCGUAAUUAAAGGGGCCGUUUUUUACAUCGUACGUAAUUUGACGAGUCGAUCGACGUGUGUCGACUCGUCGGCAUCGCCGAUCGAGGAGAAAAAUGCGAAAGAAAAAAUCGAGAAUCCGUGCGGGGACAUUCAAUUAAUUGUCGUGAUGUUCGUUAAUCAUCGACGAAUCGUUGAUCGACAAUCGAGGAGAUGGCAAUCGAGUGAUCGCGAUCGAAUGAUCGCUAGAUAUGGAAGUUCGCUUUGGAACUGAAUAACAAGGGACCAGCAACACCUCUCGCUCGCACGCAAUCAUGGCUGCCUAGCACAGGGCGCGUAUUGAGCAAUUUUAUACGAAACGUCGCUAGAAAAUUAUAAACUUGUCACUCGAGAUGUCUUUUGACAGCUCGCCCGGGUCAUCGACGCGUGGAUCCAACGCCUACAAAUUAUCUAGAGGAUUUGGUGUUGAGGAAUGUAGGCGACGAAAGCACGGAUCAAAAUAAUAAUAUAACUAUGACGAGCGAGGAUUUGUUACAGCCCGGCCAUGUGGUCAAAGAACGUUGGAAAGUUGUGAGAAAAAUAGGUGGCGGUGGAUUUGGCGAAAUUUAUGAAGGUCUUGAUUUAAUGACAAAGGAACAAGUCGCUCUUAAAGUUGAAUCUGCACGGCAGCCCAAACAAGUCUUAAAGAUGGAAGUAGCUGUCCUAAAGAAAUUACAGGGUAAAGAUCAUGUAUGUCGUUUUAUUGGCUGUGGACGUAAUGAUCGAUUUAAUUAUGUUGUGAUGCAAUUACAAGGAAAGAAUUUAGCAGAAUUGCGUAGGGCGCAACCAAGAGGUGCUUUUUCGCUUUCUACUACAUUACGUCUUGGUCUUCAAAUUUUGAAAGCUAUAGAAAGCAUUCAUCAAGUGGGAUUUCUGCAUAGAGAUAUUAAACCUUCAAAUUUUUCAAUCGGCCGUCAUCCUUACAACUCCAGGCUGGUAUAUAUGUUAGAUUUUGGUCUAGCUCGACAAUUUACAACUGGCACAGGAGAAGUAAGACCGCCUCGUGCUGCUGCAGGAUUUAGAGGAACCGUCCGAUAUGCAUCAGUUAAUGCACAUAAAAAUAAAGAAAUGGGUCGACAUGAUGAUCUGUGGUCAUUAUUUUAUAUGCUAGUCGAAUUUGUUAAUGGACAAUUGCCAUGGCGAAAAAUAAAAGAUAAAGAGCAAGUGGGUCUCAUGAAAGAGAAGUACGAUCAUCGUCUACUUCUAAAACAUCUUCCAUCUGAUCUACGGGUUUUUUUAGAACAUAUUCAGAAUUUGGAGUAUGCAGAUAAACCAGAUUAUGGUAUGUUAGCUGGUCUAUUUGAACGAUGUAUGAAACGUAGAGGUGUAAAGCCAAAUGAUCCUUAUGAUUGGGAAAGGCCAUUAAUAGCCAAUGAAGGUUUAUCAACUACUAGAUCAUUACCUACAGUGACUGUGCCACCUGCACUUACUACAGCUACUACUAUCAAUCAACCUCCAAUUACAAAUGUGGACACAAACAACCAAGAGAACGUAGAGCCAGAUAACAGGAAGGAGUUGGAUGCACAAUUGGAUUAUGAAAGUAUAUAUAGAAGAAAUAGGCAACGUGGUAUAGAAGGUUCUCCAGUGCCAUUUGCAGCAGCUAUCAGCAAUCAUGGUAGAGAUAAAAAUUGCAAUGCCACGAUACCAACGACCGAUAAUACACAUCAACAAGUCGCACAGCAGACUAUGCCACCUCUACCAACCCAAGGAUCUCCCAAAAAACGACGCGCCGUAUCGAUGGCAGUAGAAUCUCAAGUUCCUGCGCCAAUAGAGAAACAGGUAGAUAACGAAGGAGAUGCAUUGAUGGCUUCCGCGCGUUCCGCAUCUGAUGUUCCUCGACUUAAAACUGUGACAAAUGCAACAGCACCGCUUAGGAAAUCGGCGAGUGGUGCUACAUUGCCUGCCACGCUUGCACGUUUGCGUAUCGCUACUCCUGAAGGAACGUCCGGUGAAUUACCGAGUCCUCGUAUACAGACAGAAGUUGACGCUUCCUAUUGCUCUUAUGAUGUAACUAAUACUAAAUACGUUGGAAAUCAGAGUCCGGUAACCGAACAAAGGGAACCUCUUAGAAGAGAACCCAGAAGAAGAGCGGAGAACCGACAACAAAUGAGAGCCGGGCGUUCGGCAGUACGAGAUUGCUCUAUUACACAAUUUGCACAAAUAGAUGACGACAAUGUAUCCGCCCUGCAGCAAGUGACCAAAGGUGGUGGAGGUUUGACUCUGGCUUCGCAAUGGAAAUCGCAAUUUGACGAUUCUGAAGAGACUGACAAUGAAUGGAAAGGUGAAAACUUACAAAGUCCUGAACAUAAAGGAAUAAUAAACACCCCGUCCGUACCGCCACAGUCCACAGAUAUCGUCGAAAAUGUGCAACAAUUGGAUAUAAAACCUGUCGCGGCUCAAUCAAAUACCUCGAACGUGUGUCAACAAACUUUGAUUCCUACAGCAUUAUCCAAAAUAAGCGAAGAUUCUCCGAAACCAGCGGUACCGCAUAGAUGUUUAAACAUUGCGGGUAUUGAAAAAUAUCCAGAGCUCCAAGGGGCACUCCCGCGAGCUUGGAGCGUUCCAGCUUUAGCGCCGCAUGUUCGGGCUUAUCUUGAAGCUCCAUUGGUUCAACAAGCGGCAUUUGACGAUUUGUUAUAUGAAGUUGAUGUUAUGAGGAAUAUCGCUACCCGAUAUGAUGAACCGAAGCAGACUGCACCAGUUAGAAGAACUAGUCUACCAGCGGUAGCUUUUUCUCUUUCUGAUACAAUGUUCAACGCUCAUAAAGGGGAAGAAGAGGAAGAAGCAGUAGCAGGAAGAUUAGAAAUCAGAGUCGUAGAUGCAACUGGCGGUGCUACAAUUGUGCAAACCAGUGCCGAUAGAGAACCUUUACAAAAGAAAUUAGCGAACGGUAUGGCAGGUAGCCCGGCUAGUCCUAAUCCGGGACCGGAAGAACCAUCGAUAUAUUACGACGCUACCGAGAAUCGACCAACUGCAAACGCCAGUUUGCAAAAAGAAUCAACUAGCGUCACUACUGCCUCGACCACUGUACAAAAUGCAGUGCCGUUUCGUGAUAAUAAGGACAAUAAAGAGAAGGAAACAUCUAAUAGGACAUAUAUCGCUCACAGUAAAAUACCGAUUCCCGUUAAGAGUCCAAGAUGCUCGUUAUCUGAAUCAACACCCGAAAUUAAUAUUCCGAAUAUCAAGGCAGUAACUGGAAGUGACAUAGAAAAACUACCGGUGCCUAUAACUGCAACUAAGGAAAAAGAAAAUACCAGUUCUGCCGAAGAUGAAAAUUUAACCGGAUGUACACCCGCUCUACGCCGUCGAAGACAAAGCGAAAAGUACGUGACAGACGCUAGUCAGCUGAAUCUGCAGUUCCAAAGACCACAACACAGAACUAGACCACAAUCUGAAGUAUUGCCAAGACUUUCUCCCAGAGGAGUACCUUCGCAUCUUCUACGAGAGUCAGAUAAAAAGUCCGAGGAAAGCAGUGAAAGUGAUUCUAACAGCAGCGGACCACCAAAAUCCGCUCGUCAACCACCACCACCGCCUACAUCAUUGCCACCUCAUAUAGCAGAAAAUAAUGCUAGAUGCCGCCGUUAUUGGCCCAUACCAGAUCCAACAGUUGCUAGCAGAGAAUCGUGAGAUUUGAUAUUUAAAAUGACAAAUAGUCUCAGUUUGUGUUAGGAUUGAGGAGGUUUUACUGCUCAACCAACUAAGAAUGUGAUAUCAUUUGGGGCAACGGAAAUGCGCAAUCUUUCUCUGAUUAAAUCACCGGGUACAUAAAAAUUUUUGCAAAAAUGCAUAUCUGCAUAUCUACAAAGAUAAAGAACAUUAGCUAUUCAUUUAACACGUGAAAAUGUAACUGUCUGUGAAUGCGUAUUAAUUAAUAAUGCCGCUUUAAUUAACUACUGAAGUUCUUGAGCGACUUUUUCAAAUAAGAAAAUCUUUCUAUAUAUAUUAUAGAUUUUGGAACACGCGCGCUCAAUAAGUUUCAGUAAAUUAAAUAAAAGUAUAUGUGAGAUUGCUUAUAAUGUACAAAUAGUACAACAAUCUAGUGAUUUAAAUAGUCACUUUUUAAAGACUAUACUCUUUCUUUACUUAUACACUUGCCGCAAUUUAUGUUACAGUAUCAACAUAUCCAUCCAAUAUCUUUAAAUUUAUAUGAUAUUAUGUAUUUCCGUAAUGCGUGCGUGC